UUAUGAAAAAAAAAAUAUUGCAUCUUCCUAAAUUAUCUCCUGAAUUUCUGUUCGCACAUACAUCAAGAAUUUGCCAGGUCGCUUCUCUUUGGUGCAGAUAAACCUGUUUGAGCACAUAGCAUGGGUAGGAUGUAAAGUCUCCUGUUUGACUUGUUUGGCUAUCAUUUGAGACGCAGACAGAGAAAAAGAAGGAGACUUCUCUUCUGUCCCAGGUAUCAGCCACCAUGUCGUACACGGCCGGGUCGUACGGGGCCAAGUCGUACGCUGGCAAAUCCUACGCCGACAAAUCCUAUGCCGACAAGACGUACAGGGAGAGCCCUUACACGGGAUACGAUGAAGCAGCCAAAUCGGCAUAUGAACAGCAGCUUCUGAAGGAAAAGAAGAAGCGUAAAGAGGCGAUGCACUGCGAAGUCGUCGCUCUCGUGAUCGGAUUCAUCGGUCUGAUCGGUGUCUCGACUGUCUGCGGUCUCCCCAUGUGGAAGGUCACGGCGUUCAUCCAGGAGAACAUCAUCGUCAUGGAGACACGCUGGGAGGGUCUGUGGAUGAACUGCUACCGUCAGGCCAACAUCCGCAUGCAGUGCAAAGUGUACGACUCGCUGCUCUACCUGCCUGCCGAGCUCCAGGCUGCCCGAGGCCUCAUGUGCACCGCCGUGGCUUUGACGGCGAUCGCCUGUCUCGUCUCGACCAUCGGGAUGAGGUGCACUCGGCUUGUGGACUCACGGCCACGUGUCAAACACAUCGUCCUGGUGUGUGGUGGAUGUCUGUUCCUGGGAGGAUGUAUAGCCACCCUCAUUCCUGUAUCCUGGACAGCUAAUGUCAUCAUCCGGGAUUUUUACAACCCCCUGCUGCUUGACGCGCAGCGCAGGGAGCUCGGCGAGGCGCUCUACAUCGGCUGGGUCAGCGGAGCGAUAUGUUUCAUAGCCGGGGUUAUACUUCUGUGCCGCCAUGCACCAAGAGUAGAGGAGAAAGACGACGUUAACUCUGUGCUGUACCGAGCCCAGUACACUCCAUACAAUACUGCUUAUCAACCUGGAUAUUCCUAUCAGCCGGCCUACAAUUACCAACCGGCGUAUGGCUACCAACCCCCAUCUGUUAGCUACGUACCAUCCGCAUACUAAAGAACUCUAAGUCAACAAGUAGGCCUGAAAUUUCUUGUCCUGGACUCCUCAAUGUAUAUAAUGACCGUGGAUCAUAGAUUUACGUUAUAAAUGAUUGUUACACGGAGCCGCUUUUAAAAAAACAACAACUUUAUUUUAAAUCAAAAUUGAAAGUUUUAAUCGUAAUUGUUGUUAUAUAUAAUUUUUUUUUUUAAGUGAAAAGAUUUUUGGCAAUGAACUUGACUUUGCUUUAUGGACCUGACUGUAGCAGUGAGCACUCUGUGAUUGUUUUAGUAAAGAAUAUUUACCAUGUAAAAUGGACCUUUUGUACAAAUUUAAGGGAAGACAGGUCAUGUGACAUACUAUGGCCACUGAAAACACACACACACACACACACACACAUACAC